ACCAGGUCAACAAGCAGCUCCCGCUCAGAAGUGAAAGUGCCACUGAAGAAGUCCCAGCAGCGAUGACGGCCGCACUCAUCCCUCUGGAUGUCGAUCAGGUGUCCACAUGCGCUCUGCGCGUCGGGGGGUCGGGGCUGGCGUUCCGAGCGGCUGCUGCUGCUGCUUCUGCUGCUGCUGCUGUCUGCAUGUCUGCUGGAGGUUGCCACCGUCGGGCCAAACGCAGGGGCCACAUCCCGCAAAGUCCCCUGCGGGUGUAAUAACUGCCCUCAACUCCAGACGCUGACUCUAACCGAAGCCCCCGCCGCUGUCAACUGCUGCACCAACGGAGGCCGCUUCCGCUACACGUGCGCGGUGAACCACGUGAGGAAAGCCGGCACCUCCAACCUGGCCACAUGCACGUUGGAAAACGGGAUUCCGAAGUGGAGCAACCCGAACCUCGUAUGCAUCCCGGACCCCAGAAUUGUGAUUACCACCACGCCCCACGCCCCCCUCUCAAGAGUCCCCUCGACCAAUCAGAUGGCUCCAGAGAGCAGCGCCAACCGAGGGAUUCACCAGCCGACCCCCCCGACCAGCGUCCGACUGGACGACGCCCCCGUCAGCCCGGCGACAGUGUUGACCCAUGCAGACACAGUGCUGACAACCUCCCCCGCGCCACCCACCACCACCACCACCACACCCACCACCACACCCACUCCCACCACCACACCCACUCCCACCACCACCACAUCCACCACCAGCUCCACUCCCACCACCACCACCACCACACCCACCACCACACCCACUCCCACCACCACACCCACCACCACCACCACCACACCCACCACCACAUCCACUCCCACCACCACCACAUCCACCACCAGCUCCACUCCCACCACCACCACAUCCACCACCAGCUCCACAUCCACCACCAGCUCCACUCCCACCACCACCACCUCAAGCCCUUCGCCAGCAGGGGUCCCCGCGCCGGAUGAAGGCACUCCAGGGGCCCAAGGCGUUCCGAGUUCUGGAGCGGCAGUCCCCACAGGAUUAGGCCUAGCAGCCUUAAUACUCAUCAGCGCUAUUCUGGGAUUUUCCUUCUGCCGCUGGAGACGGAAAAGGAGCGCGAACUGUCCCACUGGAAGCGCCGAGCCGACGCCCCCCGAAGAGAUGCCUUUGAACCCCACAAACCCUCCGCCUCCCUCCGGCUCGGCCCCGCCCGGACCCCCUUCGUAACAUCGCCGCCGCCGCCGCGGAAACCGCCAAACGUACACGGAGUCAUGCAACGCAGAGCUUGAUCGUAAUCCGUCUGAUAUCAGAGACUCACCGUGGAAUGAUAUCAGAGGAGGCGUGGGGCUGAGAGAGAGAGAGAGGGAGAGAGAGAGAGAGAGAGAGGGAGAGGGAGCGCGCGACUGAGUGAGUGAGUGAGUGAGAGAGAGAGCGCUUUAAUCCCAAACGGAUGUUUUUUGAGAGAGUGAAUGAGUGAGUGAGUGAGUAAGAAAGGGAGAGAGAGAGAGCGCGCAAGUGAGUGAGGAAGAAAGGGAGAGAGAGAGAGUGCGAGUGAGUGAGAGAGUGAGAGUGAGAGAGAGAGAGUCUUGGAUCGGAGGCGGAGAAGAGACGCCCCCACAUCAAUCAUGCGGGCGCCUACACCAUGGGGCGCUGGCGAGAGUGAACAAGCAGGGAGGCAAGCAGAGACAUACCGGCAGUCAACCGAGCAAGAUUCUGCCUUCUCUCUCGAUCGCCUUCAUGGAUAAGAAAUCCCAAAGAUUGUGCAAGUGACGAUGGCGAACACACAGGUCAUUGAACUGCAUUGGACUGGUUGCUGGUGUAAACGUCAACAGUGGCUGCCAAAACAAAACACAGCCAAUUGGCUGAUCUGCACGGUGUUGUACUUCCUGCAACACAAAACAAUCCCUUUUUGUUUCCAAAUGGAGUUCGUCGGUUGGACGACAGCUCUUGCGAACCACGACAGCUGCCGUGGGUCACGAGAGCUUUCGUAACCAAGAGCACCUGUCGUCCAUUUUGGUUAAAAAUGGAGGCCGCCCACCCCCCCCCCCCCCCCACCCCCCCCCCCCCCCCCACCACUCAGCUCAGCUCAGGGAUUCCCGCUCUCUAGCUCAGGAACGGGGAGCAGAAUCCACUGAAGUGAGACACGGCAGCUGUGGUGAAAUGUGAACUGUAGCGAUGGACUCUGAUCCCGGGAGAGGACAAGGCAUUGCCCCCAAGCCUGCAAGGCCAUGGAUUUAUUGUUUUGUGCUUUAAUGGCGUCCAGCCAAUGGGAAAUGUCCUUAAUUCACAUGCAAAGUUAAGUUGAACGCCAUUGAGGACAGGUCAUUGGAUACUCACAGCGGGCGAAAACAUCACGUCAUUUGGAGUCUAUUCAGAGUCAGGGAGUUGUUUUUAUAAUCGUUUUUAAUGAUUUAUUUUUUAUAUGGGUCAAUGAAUCUUGUAUGACGCGCACAAUGGGGGCGAUAUUUACAAGAUGAACUCAAUAAAAGAGUUUGUACACAU